AUGUCUGAAGAAUUACCAUCAACUUCUCUGAAUAAAAAAAAUGAAUGUUUUACGACUGAGACUGGUGAAAAAUCACCUGCCAAAUCUAAUUUGAAAGAAAGGAAUAUAAAAUCAAAUGACAAAAAGAUCACAGACAAAGAACUUGUGAAAUAG